CAAUGACAUCGAAGUUUCUCUUACAAUUAGUAAUUUAAAGGAAUCCUCGCUAUCUGCAUAACAACCAACUCAUUUCCCUGCAAUUUUGUUCAUCCCCUGCUUGUGAGUUACUCAUCAUGAGCAGCAGCAUGCCAAUCGCCACGCUCGCAACAUUGCUCUUGUUCUUGCUAUCCACUACAGCAAGUGACGAAUAUACAAGGAAGCCAUAUAUCGUUCACAUGAUGAAAUCCAUGAAGCCCGAGCACUUCAGUCUGUAUGAGCACUGGUAUCAUUCAAUUCUCACCCAGGCAACUUCUGUUACCUCCACCUCAGAUCCAAGUGUCCUGUUAUAUACGUAUGAUGUACUCCUCCAUGGCUUUGCGGCCAAGCUGACCAGUGCGGAGGCUGCAGCUUUGGAGAGCGUAGAUGGUUGUCUGGCUGUGAUUCCAUCAUCUCUCAAGAAGCUUCAUACCACUCAUUCACCUCGGUUUCUGGGCCUCACCGAUGGCGGAGGACUAUGGUCGCAGCAUUUGAGUCGUGGAGAAGAUGUGAUAGUGGGCGUGGUGGACACGGGAAUAUGGCCUGAGAGUGAAAGCUUCCAUGACAAGGGUCUGGGACCUGUUCCCUCCAGAUGGAAGGGCCAAUGUGAAAGUGGAGAGCAAUUCGAUUCCUCCAUGUGUAAUAGAAAACUCAUCGGAGCUCGAUUUAAUUUUUCUGUGGGCUACAAAUCGCAUGUAGGCGAGGAUUUCAUAUCAGCAAGAGACAGCUACGGCCACGGCACCCAUACUGCUUCUAUUGCUGCGGGAUCAGCUGUAAGUGGAGCGAGCUACAAUGGCUUUGGUAAUGGAACGGCCAUGGGGAUGGCGCCUGCGGCCAGACUGGCCAGCUAUAAGGCGUGCUGGGGAGGACCGGAACCCAACUGCGAUGACAGCGAUGUAGUUGCUGCUAUGGAAAAAGCCAUCCAAGACGGCGUCGACAUUAUAUCUUUGUCACUUGGUGGCGGGUUUGAGAAUCCAUUCUACAUGGAUCAUCAAGCGCUGGCAGCAUUCGGAGCCAUAGACAAGGGUGUAUUUGUUUCCGCCUCUGCUGGUAACGAAGGGCCUUACCCAGCUUCUCUUUCAAACACGGCACCGUGGAUAGCUACUGUGGGCUCCAGCAGUAUAGACAGAGAGUUUCUCUCUCUUGUGAAGAUCGGGAAUGGCGAGGUGUUCAAAGGCUCGUCGCUUUACAGAGGACCCGGGAUUCAAAAUCUGCCUCUGGUCUACGAUUUUUGCAGCAACCUCGGUGUCGAUCCACACCUCUUCAAAGAUAAAGUUGUGAUGUGCGCUUUCCAUGUCAAUUCGACGGAAACGGCAAGGCUUCUGAAGAAGGCGGGCGCAGCAGGAAUGAUAUUUGUUAACGAUGAAUUCUAUGGUGCCCAAGAUAAACCUCUUGACGAACCAUAUUUGCCGGCUACCACCGUGAGUUUCUCGACUGGUGAAAAGAUAAAAAGUUACGUUAACAGCACGGCGGCGCCUACGGCCACCAUCAACCCCACGGGGUUAACAGUGGUUGGAAAAGCAAUCGCUCCCAUUGUGGACACGUCUUCUUCCCGGGGACCGAGCUUGUUCUAUAUUGACGUUCUUAAGCCAGAUCUAGUUGCGCCAGGUGUCAAUAUCUUGGCUGCGUGGAAGGAGGGUGGUUUCAGGAUAGAUUCGGGGACUUCAAUGGCGUGUCCCCACGUCAGCGGCAUCGCAGCGAUAAUACGAGCCUCCCAUCCGACGUGGAGUCCUGCGGCAAUCAGAUCGGCUCUGAUGACUACGGCCUCCACGCUGGACAACAGAAAGCAGCCCAUCAAAGAUGCGCUAACCUUGCGAGCCGCGGACCCCUUUGCAGUGGGUGCAGGUCACGUAAAUCCAAGGGCGGCGCUGGAGCCGGGUCUGGUGUACGAUUUGCGCCCUCAAGACUACGUCAACUAUCUGUGUGGUGGUCUCAACAACUACACCAAAAAGCAAAUAGCCCUGCUCACUCACAAAUGGCCUCCCUGCCCCAAAUCGGAAUCAGGUGCAGAUCUUAACUAUCCAUCUUUCUCUGUCAUAUUAAAGUAUGGAGAGCGUGUUCAGGUAAAGAGGAGGACGGUGACCAACGUGGGCGGCAACAAUGCCGUAUACAAAGUGAGGGUGAAGAGCAGCCCAAACGUGAAGGUAAGCGUGGAACCAGACACAUUGGUGUUGAAGAAACGGAGCGAGCAGGCAAGUUUUAAUGUCACAUUCGAAAGCCAAGUAGAUGGGAGAGAGGAGAGUGAAUACGGGGAGAUAGUGUGGAAGUGCAUCAAAGGCGGGACGCACAUCGUUCGUAGCCCAAUUUCUGUUCUCUGGAUUCCGGUUUGAAGUGGAGCUCCUCUGUAUAAAUAGGUAAUAGCUACUUAUGUAUAAAUAAGGCCCAAUUGAUAUGGUGAGAUAUAUAGUGCACGUAAAUACAAUAUGUGUGGUAUGUGGUGUAUGCUGUUGAACCGUUCUUGUUCCGCGAUGGACAUUCCUUUCAAUGCUUAUCUUCUUAAACAUCUAGAAGAUUAUUAGUUCCUGCCAUUGUAAAUCU